UAUAAUGUUGACACUGUAAAUGUUAUUUGGAUAAUACGUGUACAUGAUUUCUUGGAUUAGGGUUUUGGCGGCACUGAAGCUUGGCUGUACAAGUAAAUGGAAGAAUCUGGGAUUUGAUGAGGCAUAUCUCGGUUCCUUAUAUAUUUCAAGUACUUUCUUCUGAUCAGUUCUAAGAUGAACAAAAUAUAUGGUUGAAUUUGCUUUACUGAGGCCAGAUAGGUAUUGAUAAGUGUACAGAAUUUUGGGAGGAAUUCAAUUGAGGAGGGUAUGCUUAGUCUAGUUGUGGUUUUGAUUGUACUUUUUGGUGGUAAGACUCAAUUUGUGGUGAUUUAGUGGAUCUCCCCACAACAAUUAGCUAUCAGAAAAUUCGAAUAAGAUUGGAUUUUGACAACCACUUUGCUUCUAAUCUUCUCAUCAUGUUGCUAGAAUUUCUUGCACGCCUUAAGAAUCACUGCUCUUUUUCAUCAAGCAAGGUUGAUGAUUUGAAAGAUUCAGACAGAAUAGUCCGUAGGCUUUCUUUAUCUGAGCAAACAAAGCAGUUUGUUUAUGCCAUUUAUGAACCAGAAUCGAAGGCUGUGGUUUAUGUACUAGCUGCACAGAACUUAUCUGAACGGUCAGUUUCUGAUGCAGUGUCUCUCAUAAAGGAGGUUCGGCCACAGGCAGUUUUGGCUGAAAUUUCUCUGUCCACCCUAGAUGAGAUUCUAGCUGAGAACAGCAAUUCAAGGGGUGAUAUGGUGAGUUCAAUGCCAACAACUUCUUUUGGGGUUCUCAAAGAUUGUGUUCUCAAUAAGAUCAGUAAAGAGAUGCAUGAGAAAGUGGCAUCGAACUUGGUUUUGCAAGAAAUAUUUGGUGUUGGUUUUCAUGAGCAUGUCAUUGCAGCCAAAAGGGCUGCAGAGGAAGUGGGUUCCUGUUUCUUUUUGUUUAGAUCUUCAUUUGUAAAUGAUGAAGGGAAUGGCUGUAACAAAUCUGAUAUACAGGGUAAGUUUCAACCUCCAGUUCAUGAGCAAUGUGGUUUGUUUUCACAAAAAUCAGGCUGUGUUUCCCCAAAGAGAUUCUGUCUCACUGAUAAUUUUCAGUUGCAGAGUGCAAAAUCCUGUGCACCAGAAGUUGAAGUUGGAGACUUUCUACCUAGAUGCAAUUACCAGGCUCCCCCAUUUGCUCAGCCCAUUUAUCCUUUGCUGACUGAUUUACGUGAUAUUUUUGUUGAUCUACCAUCCUUACGAAUGGCUUUGGUUCAUGCACAGAAGAUGCUUUUUGAUGUGAACCGUGGAGAGUUCAUUGAUGCACAAACUCUAGCUGAAGUUCAAACCUUCAGAAUUGGCGUUGAAGGACUCAGAAUUGCUCUCAACAGUGCCGCCAGGCGCCCCAUGAUCAGCAAAAUGAAGCUUUCUGACCCACCCAGAGUGAGUUUCUCUGAGCUUUCUAUAGAUGAUAACUCUCAUGUCCUUUUAGCACAAGCCCUUAAGAGCCAGACCAAGAAUUUCAAAUCCAUUGUGGCUAUAGUGGAAGCCAAAAGCUUAGCAGGGCUAAGGAAAAACUGGAAAACACCUACCUCGUUGGAGGUUGAGGAUCUGGCCAAACAAUGCCUUACAGAGUACAAAGGUGACAAGAAGAGCCUAGCUAUUGAAAAGAAGUUAACUGAUGAUAAAACAAUGGUGGCAGUUGGGGCUGGAGAUAUCUCUAUAUCUACUUUUCUCAAGCUGGCUGCCCUGAAAGCCUUUGUUUUACUUGAACUCUUUUCUAAAUACAUGCAAGAUUCUGCCAUAAUUGCCUUUGGGAAAAACAUUGGCCUAUCAAAUGCUUCUGCCUUGAAGGCUGGUGCUUCUGCCCAGAAAAUGCAUGCACUGGUGCACAGCUUCAUAGCCUCUGCCGAGCGAACAAGUUUUCAGAUCAUGCGGACGGCAUUCUAUGAGAUAAUGAGGAAGCGAGGGAUGCAGCCAAUUGGGUCAAUGUUAUGGCCCACCUUUGGGUGCAGUUUGGCCAUGUGCUCUGGGCUGUUUGUUUAUGGAGAAGGGGUUGAAUGUGCUGUAGAAUCUCUUCCUGAUGCGCCCUCAAUGGCCUGUUUGGGACGCGGAGUUCGUAGCCUGUACCAGGCAUCUCAGGAAGCUAGUAGGGCAAAUUGCAAAGAUGCAAGAGAGAAUAAAUUCCCUCAUGUACAGUUCUAAAAGCAUAAAGAUUUAUCAGUGAGAGUUCAAUAGUUUCCUUUAGUGUAUAUUGUUUGAACUAUUCAUGAAUUUUCGUUGCAUGGAUGAAGUAUUAGAAAUUGUAUGUCAUAAUUCCCAAUA